GCCCCCCAGACACUUCCAGCUCGGACCGGGCUCUGCUCGCUCUGCUCCGGCCGGGGCCGCGGGUUCGGUCCAGGCGCCGGUGCGCCCCUGCCCGUCGUCGCGCCCGGGACUCCGGGUCCCCGCGGGCGGCCGCGCAAGAUGAAGUUGGCCUUCCUCCUGCCCUGGGCGUGCUGCUGCCUCUGCGGGUCGGCGCUGGCCACCGGCUUCCUCUACCCCUUCCCGGCCGCAGCCCUGCAGCAGCACGGCUACCCCGAGCCCGGCGCCGGCUCCCCGGGCAGCGGCUACGCGAGCCGCCGGCACUGGUGCCAUCACACGGUGACACGGACGGUGUCCUGCCAGGUGCAGAAUGGCUCGGAGACGGUGGUCCAGCGCGUGUACCAGAGCUGCCGGUGGCCGGGGCCUUGUGCCAACCUCGUGAGUUACAGGACUCUGAUCAGACCCACCUACAGAGUGUCCUACCGCACGGUGACGGCGCUGGAGUGGAGGUGCUGCCCUGGCUUCACCGGGAGCAACUGUGACGAGGAAUGCAUGAACUGUACCAGGCUCAGUGACAUGAGUGAGCGACUGAUCACACUGGAGGCCAAGGUUCUCCUGCUCGAAGCAGCGGAGCAGCCCUCAGGCCCUGACAAUGACCUGCCGGCCCCCCAGAGCACCCCGCCACCCUGGAAUGAGGACUUCCUUCCCGACGCCAUCCCUCUGGCCCACCCCGGGCCCCGAAGGAGAAGGCCCACGGGCCCGGCCGGGCCCCCAGGGCAGACGGGACCACCAGGGCCUGCAGGCCCCCCAGGCUCCAAAGGUGACCCCGGCCAGACAGGAGAGAAGGGCCCAGCAGGGCCCCCUGGGCUCCUGGGGCCGCCAGGACCCCGCGGGCUUCCUGGGGAGAUGGGGCGCCCUGGCCCCCCGGGGCCCCCGGGCCCAGCAGGCAGCCCAGGCCCCUCGCCAAGCGGCCCCCAAGGCGCCCUCUACUCCCUGCAGCCGCCUACAGGCAGAGACGAUGGAGACUCACGGCUGGCAUCUGCCAUUGUGGACACAGUGCUGGCGGGUGUCCCAGGGCCCCGGGGUCCCCCCGGCCCACCAGGUCCCCCAGGACCGCGCGGUCCCCCGGGACCCCCAGGAGCACCUGGCUCCCAGGGCCUGGCGGGAGAGCGGGCCGCCGUGGGGCCGUCUGGUGAGCCCGGCGUGAAGGGGGAGGAGGGGGAGAAAGCCGCUGCCCCAGAGGGCGAGGGGGUGCAGCAGCUGCGAGAGGCGCUGAAGAUCCUGGCAGAGCGAGUCCUCAUCCUGGAGCACAUGAUCGGGAUCCACGAUCCCCUGGCCUCCCCCGAGGGGGGCUCCGGCCAGGACGCCACCCUGAGAGCCAACCUCAAGAUGAAGCGGGGCGGCCCCCACCCCGAUGGCGUCCUCGCUGCCCUGCUUGGCCCCGACCCCGGGCAGAAGAGCGCAGAGCGGGCUGGUGGCCGGCAGUGAGAGCCCAGCUCCCCGGAUAGGCCCCCCUGUGGCUGGAGACGCGGCCCCGGAGGCCUGAGCUGCUGCUGGUUCCUGAAGGCGCCCCAGGGGGCCUGGGCUGCAGACUCGGACCGCUGUGGGGACACUGGCUCCUGGGGCCCGAGGGCCUUGGGGACAGACGGUGC